GACUUCCAAUCACGAGUGGUCUCCCUUCAUUAGUCUUACUCCCUUCGUUAGAGUCCUAAGCCCUUCCGAGCCUUAGAGCGUGGAAGGGACGGACAUGGCGCCCACUCAAGCCCCCACCCGGCCCCAUGCCCACAGGCCGACGCGGCCCCUUUAAGAGUCUCGCUGGCCGGAACACCUCGAGGUCGCGGCGUUUCCCGGCGCCUCGGGCCGCCCUCCAUUGGCGCUGCGGACGCACUCCCGGCCAUGCGGGCGCUGCGGGCUGCCCUGACCCUGGCGCUGGGCGCCGGCCUGGGCGCGGCGGCCGAGGGCUGGCGGCGGCGGCGGCGGGCAGAUGCGCGGCCGGCGCCGGGGCUGCUGGGCCGGCUGCCAGUGCUGCCCGUGGCGGCGGCGGCCGAGCUGCCCGUCGUGCCCGCCGGACCCGGGGCCCUGGCGGGCGGCGGCCCCGGCGAGCUCGCCAAGUACGGGCUGCCCGGGCUGGCGCAGCUCAAGAGCCGCGAGUCGUACGUGCUGUGCUACGACCCGCGCACCCGCUGCGCGCUCUGGGUGGUGGAGCAGCUGCGGCCCGAGCGGCUCCGCGGCGACGGCGACCGCCGCUCGUGCGACUUCCGCGAGGACGAGUCGGUGCACGCGUACCACCGCGCCACCAACGCCGACUACCGCGGCAGCGGCUUCGACCGCGGCCACCUGGCCGCCGCCGCCAACCACCGCUGGAGCCAGAAAGCCAUGGACGACACCUUCUACCUGAGCAACAUCGCGCCCCAGGUGCCCCACCUCAACCAGAAUGCCUGGAACAACCUGGAGAAGUACAGCCGGAGCUUGACCCGCACCUACCAAAACGUCUAUGUCUGCACAGGGCCGCUCUUCCUGCCCAAGACAGAGGCUGAUGGGAAAUCCUACGUGAAGUACCAGGUCAUCGGCAAGAACCACGUGGCAGUGCCCACCCACUUCUUCAAGGUGCUGAUCCUGGAGGCAGCAGGCGGGCAAAUCGAACUUCGCUCCUACGUGAUGCCCAAUGCGCCCGUGGACGAGGCAAUCCCGCUGGAGCGCUUCCUGGUGCCCAUCGAGAGCAUCGAGCGGGCCUCGGGGCUGCUCUUUGUGCCGAAUAUCCUGGCAAGGGCAGGCAGCCUCAAGGCCAUCACCGCCGGCAGCAAGUGAGGGCAGCAGCCCAGCCAGACUGUGAGGGUGUGUGGCUGGGUCGCAUUAAAGAUGGUUAUUUUUGGAGAAA